AUUCGAUUUCUUAUAAUGACAGCCAAAAUGGUUGGAUCAUUUCUUUUUUUGCAUUCAUUCAAUCAUCGAACAUCAUCGUCAUCAUCAUGCAAUUUGGUAAACGACAUUUAAUUGCCAUACUAUGUCUUUGUUCAACUAUGAUGGCCUAUAUUGGCCGUAUCAAUCUAUCAACGGCAAUCGUAGCUAUGGCUCGUGAUAAUGAUAUCGUAUCGAUGAAUAAAUCCGAAUCAAAUGAAUUUAUUACCGAUGUUUGUCCAGAUCCCGAUAAUAUCGGAAAUGUUUCUCAUCAAUCACCAACAUUGGAUUUCCAAUCAUCAACUGCUCAACGUUUUGAUUGGAAUCAAAAAACUCAAGGUGUUAUAUUGGGUGCAUUUUUCUAUGGAUAUUUUGCCUUACAAAUCGGUAGCGGACGUCUGGCUGAAUUAUUUGGACCUAGAAUUUUAUGCUCAUUAGGAUUAUUCAUAUCCGGAAUCAUAAACAUUUUGACACCUUUGCUUAGUAAUCAUUAUGGUUUAUUGAUUACAAGUCGUAUUAUAUUAGGAAUAUUUCAAGCAACUAUUUUUCCAUCUUGUUAUGCAUUGACAGCACGUUGGAUACCUGAUCAUGAACGGAGUACAAUCAAUUCGAUGUCAUUUAUUGGUGGUAAUAUUGGUUCGAUCUUAGCAUCAUCAUUAGCCGGUUAUCUAAGCCGUCAUGGAUUUGCCGGUGGUUGGCCUUCAGUUUUCUAUGUUUCAGGAGCAUUGAUAACAACUUUUAGCAUUUUAUAUUUCUUUCUUAUACGCGAUGAUCCAUCAUUACAUUGGAUGAUAUCCGAUAGUGAACUUAAAUACAUUCAAGCAAAUAUUGAGGGAAAAAAACAAAUACAAACAUCUCUAUCAUGGCUUCGAUUAAUUAGUAGUCGUGUAAUCUGGGCCGGUGCAUUCACCCAUUUCACAAUGAUAUGGUCAUUGACAGUUUUUAUAUUAAAAAUUCCCGAUUACAUGCAUCAUGUAUUAAAGAUUCCCUUGGAAAAGAAUGGAAUAUUUACGGCAUUUAUGAAUAUGGGGGAAUGUUCGAGUUUAUUAAUCAGCGGAUUAAUUGUGGAUAAAAUCAUCAAAUCCGAACGUUACGAUAAGACUACAGUGAGAAAAAUAUGCCAAUCAAUCACACAAUUCGGUGGUGGCAUAUGUCUUUUAUUGAUUACUGUAGCUAAUUGUGAUGAACGAUUAUUUUUAGCUGCCGCAACGUUGAUGAUGACAUUGAAUGGUGUACAAUCCGGUGGAUUGAUUCCAUUACCUUCGGAUUUAUCUAAUGAAUUUAGCGCAACAAUAUUCGGAAUAUUCAAUAUGAUUGGUAUGACAAAUGGUUUCAUAUGUCCAUUGAUAAUUGGAUAUAUACUAGAUUCUAAUCCACAUCAUAUCAAACAUGGAUGGUGGACCAUAUUGUAUAUAACAGCUGCAUUACGUAUAGCUGGUGGUAUUGUAUUCACAUUAUUUGUAUCAUGUCGACGACAAUCAUGGAGUGCAAAAAAUUCAUUAUCAUCAUCACCAUUAUCAACAUCAUCGUCAUCAUCAUUGAGACUAUAACGAUGAUCAUCAAUAAUUAAAUAAAUUAAUUAAUUUAUUGUUAUGUUUACACGAAUUUUUUCCCUUUUUUCUUAAAGUUGACACAAUGUUCAUGUUUGACUUCAUCGUUUUCAUGUCCGUUUAAACGUCGUUAAUAGUUUUGUUUUCUUGAAUGUAGUGACAAACUUUUUUUUUGUUUUUAUCAUUUUAUGAUUAACUGAAAUUUAUAUUCACACUCAAAUGUGUUCAUCAUCAAAGAUCAUUUCUCAUAGAAUAUAAUAAUUAAUUUCAUUUCAAUUAUUUUAUCCUAUAGGAAACAAAUAUUACAAUUGAAGAAUCUCAAGGAAAUACUAAUCAAGGUUUUUCAAUAUAUAAAUUUUCAAUUUGCCAGAUGUCUUACAACAAAAACGACAUUUUUGUCAUUAUAUGAAAAUAAAAACAAAAAAACUCAUGACAAUAACAAUAAUUCCAGUUCCAGACAUGCAUUGACCAUGCAUAUAGAUUGAAUAACAGAAUUCAGAUUAUUCCACCCAAUAAACAUAAAAACUAAAUUAAUUAUAA